AUGGACACUUUUGAGCAUCCUUACUAUAAACUCAACAAACGUUUAUUAGUACUGAUAGGGCAAUGGCCUUAUCAGAAUUUGAAUGAUCGUUUUUUCCGUAGGUGCAUUGUAAAUAUUGCAUUUUAUAGUUUUCUUAUUACACAGAUAGCUGUGAUUUAUAUGAAUAGAAGUGAUAUCGAUAUAAUACUUGAAAGUAUACCAGCUAUAUGUGUUUCUUUACUAAUGAUAAUUAAAUAUUAUACAUAUCAGAUUCAAAGAAAAAAUAUAUUGUUGCAGAUACAGAAUCUUUUGGAACAUACUAUUAGCAAUUGGGGAAUAUGGGAAACUCAAGAAGAAAUGGACAUCAUGCAGAAAUUUGCCAGUGAAGGAAGAUUCCUUACGUUAUUCUAUAUAAUAUAUAUAUACUCAAGUGAGAUAAUAUUUCUCAUAUUGCCUUUUUACCCACGUCUCAUGGAUAUCAUUGUACCAUUGAACGAGUCUCGCCCUUUGAAAACUAUUAUUAGAGCUUAUUAUUUCGUCGACGAAGAAGAAUAUUUUUAUUCCAUUUAUUUUCACAUGGGGAUUGUAAUUAUGAUUGGAAUUACUGUAUUAAUCGCUUCGGAUAGUCUAUUCUUGGUUUUUAAUUCACAUAUAUGCGGUUUGUUUUCUGCAAUUGGAUUUCGUCUGGAACAUUUGUUUAAAAAUCCGAUUGACUUGGGACAUUCAUUCGAUAGCCGUGCAAGAAAGAUGUGUUUUGAUAACGUAGUACAUUCUAUUAAAAAUCAUAAAAGAGCAUUAGAGUUUGCUGAUCUUAUUGAAACUUCUUAUUCGGUAUCUCUUAUGAUGCAAGCUUUUAUGGGAAUGAUAGGUGUGAGUGUUUCUUUGUUUCAAAUAUUAAUGUUAUUAGAUAAAACAGCAGAAGCAUUACGAUUCGUCAUUUUUGCAAGUGCUCAAUAUGUUCAUCUUUUGUGUAUAUGUUAUCCAGGUCAAAGAAUGAUAGAUUACAGUACUGAAAUACGUUUUAAUGCAUACAAUGGAUUAUGGUACGAAGCACCAAUUGAAGUACAUAGAUUAAUGUUAUUAAUAAUACGAAGAAGUAUCGAACCAUGUUACUUGACUGCCGGGAAAACAUUCGUAUUUUGUUUAGAAACUUAUGCGAAGAUCGUCCAAACUUCCGGCUCUUACUUCAUGGUAAUUUUAUCGACGCAUUAGCUAUGAAUAAUAUUAAUUAUCUGUAGUUUGAUACAUUGUAUUUACUUUAGACAAAAAUAAAAUUUUCGUCUUACCUGUUAGGAUUGAUCAAUCAU